ACGUCAUAUUGCUGGUUGUCGCAGCAGGACAAGUUAGUGAUGACUAUGAUAUGAUCUCCAUGUAGGAUGUUAUAGACCGAGUAGAAACACCGUGAUAAACCUACAAUUUUGGGGUUAGGUCCGUUAUUGUAGUAAAAAAGACGAAUGCAUUUAUGCCGAACUAGACCACAAAUUUACAGUUGUAUCUGUGUUACUGCAAAGGAUUUUGUGCAAGAUAAUUCGAAGUCUUCAACCUUUGGUUGCAUAAUCUCGCCAACUUCAACACAGUGGUCUACACCUAAUAAAAUUGCUCAGUUCAAUUUCCAACAACUUCAUGAAAGAAUGCUAUGUUUUGGUUUGGCUGCCCCUGGCUUUUUCCAGCUUAAUUCUGCGCCAGAACACAUAGUCUAUCGACGUAGGCGAUGGGUGGGCAUACGUGACACUUAUCUUGAUCGCCUCAGAUGAUGAAGAUCUAAUACUGCAUCAGUCGAUUAGCCAUCCUUACCUAG